AUGACAGCCUCCGUCACCAACAUCUUUUAUGGGACACAGAACCUCUCUGGGCCCCAAAUUGCAUGCAAAUCUGAAGAACAUGGCAGAAGCUUUGGAGAGAAACCCUCCACCAGGCCACCUGCUUUUCAGAUCCAUGUGGAUGAGCCUGAUGGUGCAUGCUCUAAAAAAAGAGCAACCAUGGAUUGCUCCCCUCUCGCACUAAAUCCCACCGUGACCCGCCUAAGGCAGCCCCUCGCCACUAUCGAUCUGCCAAUGGAGGCCAGUUUUGAUUCUCCUAUGGAUAUGUCCGUAAUUGAUGGUGAGGAAAGGCCCACAAAUGUCAAUGAAGUCUCUGAUUACGCAACAGAAAUACACGCACACUUGCGGGAAAUGGAGGUUAAGUCAAAACCAAAAGCAGGUUACAUGAAGAAACAGCCUGACAUCACAAACAGCAUGCGUGCCAUUCUGGUGGACUGGUUAGUGGAGGUGGGAGAGGAGUACAAGCUCCAGAAUGAGACCCUCUACCUGGCCGUGAACUACAUCGAUCGCUUUUUGUCUUCCAUGUCUGUCCUGAGAGGAAAACUACAGCUAGUUGGCACAGCUGCUAUGCUUUUGUCUUCGAAGUUUGAGGAGAUCUACCCCCCUGAGGUGGCAGAAUUUGUUUACAUCACCGACGACACCUACACAAAAAAACAAGUGUUGCGGAUGGAGCAUCUGGUGCUAACAGUUCUCUCGUUUGAUCUUGCUGCUCCAACAAUCAAUCAGUUCCUCACCCAGUAUUUCUUGCACCAACCUGUGAGCAGCAAAGUGGAAAGCUUAUCAAUGUUUCUUGGUGAGCUGAGCUUGAUAGAUUGUGACACCUUCCUGAAGUACCUCCCAUCUCAAACUGCUGCUGCAGCUUUCAUUUUGGCCAAUCACACAAUUGCAGGUGGAUCAUGGUCGAAGGCACUUAUUGAGAUGACUGGCUACACUUUGGUGGAUCUUAUGUCGUGCAUUCAGGAUCUACAUCAGAUCUACCUCGGUGCUGCUCAGCACACACAGCAAGCUGUUAGGGAGAAAUACAGGGGCUCAAAGUACCAUGAAGUCUCUCUCAUUGAGCCUCCAGAGAAGCUGAUGCUGAACUAACCAGCUCACCAACAUUGUGUUCAUUGGUUCCAUACCUCUAUGGGAAUUGUGCGCACUCUUUUUGAUGCUUUAUUUCCAUAACUCCAAUAACUGAAGCCAUAGCCUCAAUUUCAGGGCAAUGGUGAAAUCUUAGUGAUCUGUACAUUGAUAUUUGCAGUCCUUAAGGAUUGUUUUUUUUUUUUUAUAUAUAUACAUAUAAUGCUUGAUACGACCAGAUAUUUGUACAUUAGGUAAUCAAGCAUUGUUUUAAUAUUUUCAGUGUUUGUAUUCAAUUUUUAUGAACGACUUCCAGCAAUGCACUUUAUCAUUUAAUUUUUA